CCUCUGACACAUGAAAAUAUCCGUAACUUCUCUCCCUCUCUCUCGGCCCCCCACCCGAGCUCUCAGGACCACGGUCAUGGACGGAAGCGGAGGAACCCUAUCGGAGAUUUACCAAAGCGCGAAGAAGAUCUUGCUGAGGACCCGCGAUGGCCGACGCCUCGAGCGGCUGGAGUACUCCACUUCUACAGCGGGCAUGGAUACCGAGCUCGCCUUCGCCGUCAAGAAGGAUAUUACUCAGAUCCAAUCCCUAUGUGCUGAGAUGGACCGCCUCUGGCGAUCCAUCGCUGCUAAGCCUCAACGCGAUCUCUGGAAAAGAAAAGUAGAACAAAUAGCUGAGGAGGGUGAAUCAUUGAGAGAAAGUUUGGAUAAAUAUAACUUCAGAAAUCAAAAACGAAUGACAGAAGCUAGGGAGAGGGCAGAACUGCUGGGACGAGCUAAUGGGGAUUCUGCUCACAUUUUGAGAAUUUUUGACGAGGAGGCACAAGCAAUGCAGUCAGUUCGUAAUUCCUCAAGGGAGCUGGAAAAUGCUAAUGCACUUGGGGAGUCCGUCCUGUCCUCAAUACAUGGGCAAAGGGAACGCUUAAAGGGUGCACAACGGAAAGCGUUAGAUAUCAUCAAUACAGUUGGGAUAUCAACUACCGUUUUGAGGCUUAUUGAGAGACGGCAUCGUGUUGACCAAUGGAUCAAAUAUGCAGAAUUUAGAAAGAGGUCUAUCAGGCUGAGCAGCAGGACAGGAUAUAUGAUGAACAAAGCUGCGUAACCUCAUUCGCAUUUUAACGUACAGAAAGCUGCAUUUAUGUUUCAUUAAUGACAUUUUCCAGCUCUCCCCCUUGAAUGAUUUUUUUUUUUUUUAAA